AAUAGUUGUAACAAUGAGAAUAAUUUAAUAAUGUAAAGUUUAUGUAAAUGAUUGUGUUUGUGUGGCGGAUUUGUCUUGCUUAAUCAUUGUUUGUCUUGUUUAUUUUGUUUACUAUUUUAUUACAUCACCCAUGUUAAGUUAAUCAUAAUAUUUGUUUUUACUUAAAUUUGACACACAGUUGAGUCACAUCCAGCACAACAGCGACAUUCCUGUGUGGAUAAGAAACAAGUAGGUUGAACCUCCAGUUGACAGAAAACUAUUUAGCUGAUGUGUCAUAUUUAAAAAAAAAAACGUUUGACACGAUCAAAAUGCUUGUUACGACUGAGGACUGAUGUCCAUAGAACAACUGAAACAGGGCGGCCAAGCUGUGGGGAUGUUUUUAGAGACAUUUAAAUGUUGUUUUUUAUUUACAGCUUUAUCUUUACAUUCCACAACAAGUUAAAAUUUCAAAUUAAAAGUAGUUAGUUAAAGCCUGUGAAACCUCAGCGAUGUGAUGUUUCAAUUAAGCACUUCUGGUCUUUUAAGCUCUCCUUUUUUUGGUUUUGUUUAACAUUUAAACUAAUAACCUCCCCUAUUGAAGAAUAUUCCAAUACCCUGCGUUUUUAUCGAAUCGUUGUUGUCUGAAAUGAAGCAUUGUUUUAUACAAUGUCCUAUAUUCUUAACACACCAAAAGAUACAUUCACAAGUGUCGAUGAGAACAAAUUAGCACUCCUGCAUUGUUUAAAUGACACUCUGUUGUCAUAUUUCUUUUUAGGAUUUAACAAAAAAAUAGAGAAAUAUGGGAAAUAUGUGGACGGCCUCCACCGCUGUCAUUGACAACCACAUCCGGCAGCACUGCGUCGUCAUGUAUUCCACCACCAUAUGCAGUUACUGCACCAAAACCAAGCAACUUCUCUCCGAACUUAACAUCGACUGUGACGUUGUUGAAUUGAAUUUGCUUAGUCCUUCCGAUGGUGGACACGUUUCACAGGAUUUAAUUAAAAAAACAAACGUUCGCACGGUUCCGCAAAUAUUCAUCAAUGGUGAAUUUAUUGGCGGUUACUCCGAAAUAAUGGCGUUAAAACAAGCCGGCUCUUUAUUCGAAAGAAUUUCGAAGUGUUCUAAACCUUGCUUCAAAGCAACAGAAACUUCCGGUUGAUAAAUGUUGUGUUUAUCUGUUGGUUAAGCGUGGUUACCCGCGGUUAGAUGUGGUUGUGAUUUUAACCAGCUUACGUACGGUCAAACGUCCGUUUUAUUACAGUGGUUUCGAAGAGGGUUAAAUUCUGGUAUUUAUUAGAAGUUUUAAAGGUUUUUCAACUAAGGCUAUUUACAGGUGGUUUUUCGUGAAAGGAAAAUGAUCAUCGUGAAAACGAUAUGUUGCUUGGACAGCACGUAGUAACAACAUCUCACACAUACGCGUCUCCUCUGUUGGUGGAGCUUGAACGAAAUUUUAUCGCCGCAUUAUAUUCAAGAACGUACUAUUGUAUAAGAAACCGUUUAAACAGAUGCGAUGGAGUACUGUAGUCUUUGUUUUUCCCUCCUCCUCGUUGCAUAUGUUGAUACAUCACUAGAGAAGCGCGUGUGUAGUUUCCAUGAAAAUUGUUGCUAACGAGUUGUCUAAUUGCGUUUACUGUGGACGUAAAUAUGUAAAAAGUUGAUUAUCAAAAGUAAAAAUGUGAUGAUAAUGUUGUCUAAAAGUGCUUUGAUGUUUUUAUUUAUACUUUAAUACCACUUUUCCACCAAAAAUUGAGAAAUAAACAAAAAACAGAAAAAAGUUUUGUUUCAGAAAAAAUUUUAACCAAUACCGUAAUGAUCCGAUUAAGCGCCCAUCAUUUUAUUAAGCGCCCACCUCGAAUAAGCGCCCAGGUAAUUUCCUCAAAGUUCAAUAAGCGCCCAGCACUUAUUAAGCGCCCCCUUGAAUAAGCAUCAACCUGAUAAAAGGGGGCGCUUAAUCGAAAACUACCUUGAAGAACUCGGCGCUUAUUGAAAAUUUUAUUUUCUUAUAUUGAGAACCCUAGAAAGACUAAACUUCAUUUUGUUACAUCUUUUGUUCAGUUUUAUUUUCAAGAAAGAAAAACAAAGUUGAAAA